AUGAGGAGGUCUGAGGAGGACCCACUUGAAGGUCCCUCUGGGGGGAUGAGGAGGUCUGAGGAGCCUGGACCCAGCAUCGCUGUGUGCACAGAGGAGGUCUGUGGAAGCUCCUCUGAGGAGUCGGAGUCAGCGGAAGACCUCGAUAAGCCCCAACCUCAGCCCAAGAAGAGGAAGAAGAAGAUGCGUACUGGCGGUAAAAUCAGGGCCUCACGUACCCCCCAGAGGCCGAGUGGAGCAGCUGGAGGCCCCAGCACGAGGAGUAGGACAAGAGCGGAGAGAGUCCAGCAGGAAGACUUCGACCCCAGCGAUCACCCCGUGUUGACUCUCAAAGGCCCCGGUCCUGGGCAAUUUAGGAUUGAAUACCUAAAGAAGAAGAAGAUUGGAGCGGGUGGGUUCGGCGCUGUGUUUGCUGGAGUGAGGAGGUCAGACGGUCUGCUUGUUGCCAUCAAGACCGUUAAGAAAUCCGACAUUCUCCUCACCACAGUGGUGGGAAAGUCGGGCCGGCAGUACCAGCUCCCGACAGAGGUGGUGAUGUUGUUAAAGGCUGGAGGAGACAGCUCCUGUGCUGGUCAACACGCGGCUGUGUCUCUCAUAGAAUGGUUUGAGACGAAAGCCAGUAUCAUCAUCGUUAUGGAGAGGCCAGAGGAGUCCAUGGACCUGGGAGAAACGAUAAACCAGCUGGAUGUGGAAAUGUCAGAGGAUGUGGCCAAGGACAUGUUUCAAUCCAUAACCCAGUGUGUCCUGGAGAUUAUGGACAGAGGCGUGGUACACCGCGAUAUCAAAUGCGAAAACAUCCUGGUCCAGAAGUGUCCCCAGUCGCUUCAUCGUUUUCGGAUCGUGGACUUUGGCUGCGCCAGGGAGCUGGAGGUGCGGUACAACGGCUUCUUUCCAGGGACGGCAAAGUAUUUCCCUCCAGAGUUGUAUCUGCAAGGCUGGUACCACGCCCAGUCCAUAUGCGUGUGGCAGCUGGGGGCCGUGCUGUUUGAGCUCCUGAACGGAAAGAACACCUUCACCAUGACCAGAAGGACCGGGCAGUUCAGAGAAGGAUUAUCCAAAGAUUACCAUGACUUUCUGGACUCCUGCCUAAACUUCCAUUGGUUUGAGCGGCCGUCGCUGCAGAAUCUGCUGUCCCACCCCUGUCGAUGGGGUGGUGGAAUGGUGGCUGCUGUUGUGCUGGUCCAGACAAUGGCAACCUGUGGUAUGGAGAGUGAUUUGGGAGUGACCUGUGUCCGGCCUGAUCAACUGUGCACAUUUCAUGUCCUGGUCAUACCUUCCUCCUCCAGUUACUCUGGGGUGGAGCUCGGCUCCUAG